AUGACGGUGGCGGCGGGGCUCUUCGUCCCCUCCCCGUCCGUUUGGUGGGCGCGCGGCGACGGCGCCAGCAGCUUGCGAGCAACGGCGGCGGCUGCGAUGACUCCAUCCUCGACGGAGGUGGCAGAUCCGACGCCGUGGAGGGUGGAUCCGGCAGCUCCCAUGCCGGAUCUACGCUGGUGGGCCUCGUGGCCGUGCGGGGCGGCGUUGGCUGCCAUGGUGGUGCUCGGCUGCGCCGCCCAUCCAUGGCGGUGCGACGGUUUGACGGUGGUGUCCGUGGCGGUGGGCGGUGUGGCUUGUGCGCGAGGCUGGUGUGGUGGCGCCCUGGCCCGUAGGUGGUGGUGGUGGUGGUGGUGCUCCUCCGUUGGUCCGGCGAUGGCCGGCAGCGACAGCAGGUCAGAGGUGGCGGAGGGGGCGCGACAGCUUGCUGCUGCGCUCGGAGGUGGAGUGGGCGCGGGAUGGAGGCUGCUGCUCGCCGUCUUGGUCCUCGCCGGCGUCUACAGCGGGCGCAACAGCGGCGGCGGUGGCGGCUCCGGCUACCGGAUCUGGCGCUCUGGCGGCCGGAUCCGGCCUUCACUGGGCCGGAUUUGGUGCUCCUGCGGUGGUAGUGACUACCGGCGCUGGUGUUCGGCUGGGCACCGGCGGCGGUUUUGUCAAGGAGGUGGAUCGGCUGCUUGGUGGUUCGGCUGGGCGGCGUCUUCGGCGUCUGGGCGGCAAUCCAACGGUGGCGGUGUGGUUCCUUCGGCGAUGCCGUGGUGGCGUGGCCGGCCGUGGCGGUGGCAGGCCUGCGGUGCCGUGGUGGUGCUGCCGGCAUUGCCGGGCCCGGUGGAGGCCACACUUCCCUGUUGGGGCUUGCCGACGCGUGUGCCCGUGCGGGCGCAGGGGGCAGCGGCGGGGUUCCCUCCCUCUCUGCUCGCCCUCUCCUUCUUCUCGAUGGUGGCCAUUUUGUGGCGGUGGUUGGGUUUCAUGCCGGCGUUGGGGGGCGGCCCUUCUAUGCCGUUCUUCCCCACAUGA